AUGGACUGGAAAGAAGCCUACUUUCUGAUGCCAAAUCCAUUAGAAUGCUUCACAAAACUAAUAUUCCUCCAAGCAGACUUGAUCUACAACUGCUUGGCGUCUCUCUUCUCCCCCGUCGUUUAUGUUCUCUCCAUUGUCUACGAGUCCUACCACCGCGCCGAGGAAGCCAAAGAGACCGUCGAAUCCGCAGUCCUGAAAGUGCCAUCCACCAUCACCCAUGGUAGCACACUCUUGUUAAAGAAGCUGAGUUUUGGGUUCCUGGGAGCUGCAUACGUGUGCAUGCUUUUGAUGAUGGUGUUGGUUCUAGCUAUUGUGAUGGGUGUUGCGCUGGUGCAGCUGUGGGUGGACCACCCUGUCUUCGUGAGGGAGAGGUUGUAUUUUGAUUACACGGAGGCUUAUCCUAAGGCUGUCUUUUAUUUUGGCGAUGUUGGGGUUGAAAGGUACAGCAGGAGGAAGCAGUCGAUGGGUGUUCCAAUAGGCCACACAUUUCAUGUUUCUUUGGCUCUUUUGAUGCCUGAAUCUGACUUCAAUAGGGAGAUUGGGGUGUUUCAGUUGUCUGCAGAACUCUUAUCGGUCAAUGGAGCUGUGAUAGCAAAAUCUAGUCAUCCAUGCAUGUUGCAGUUUAGAAGCUUCCCAAUUCGAUUUGCUCGAACAUUUCUUAUGGGCAUCCCUCUUCUUCUUGGAAUUUCUAGUGAGACUCAAAAGAUAAGCAUUGCAAUAUUAAGGCACAAGGAAGGGAGGCAGAGAACUGAGGCUAUAAGAGUAACUUUGGUUCCGAGGGCUGGAACUUCAUCACCACCGCAGUUGUAUGAAGCUCAACUCUUCAUCCACUCUCAGCUACCAUGGGCAAAACAAUUGGUGCGCAACUGGAAAUGGACAUUAUAUGUAUGGACGUCUUUGUAUAUAUACAUUACGUUCCUUCUACUUCUUCUGUUUUGCUGUAAACCACUCAUCUUCCCAAUGACAGCGGCAAAUUUGAGUGACCCUAGUGAGAGGGCAUUGACAAUUGAAGAGCCUUUGGAAGCAGAAAUCGAAGCUAAAGAGGAAAGAGAGGUCUCAGAGUUGUUGAGAAGAUGGAAACGAAGCAGAAGCAAGAGAAAGGCAAUCUAUCUUCACGAGUCCAUGCCAGAAACUAUUGGCUCAUCCACAUCGAGCAUUAGUGUGACCAGAGAAGACACCAGUACGAUUGUUGAAGAUAUUGGGGACUCUGAAUCAGUGUGUUUAGGAGGUUGA